GAUGCGCGGCGGAGCCUGGGCGCUGGCGAUGGCGCUGCUGCUCCUGGCCCCGGGGGAAGCUCAGGAAUGCUCUCCUGGGGGACACCAGUUUCUUCAGAGUCCGUAUAGAAAUGUCCGUUUUGACUCAUUGCACCUCCAGCAGUCAGCUGCUCAAGAACUGAUAUGUGACCAUUCCCUCUCCCCCGGGUGGUAUCGAUUUCUCAUCUUUGAUAGACCUGCUGAGAUGCCAACCAAAUGUGUCGAGAUGAACCACUGUGGAACUCAGGCCCCCAUCUGGCUGUCUCUGAGGGAUUCAGAAACACUGCCGCCUCCUGGGGAGAUCAAGCAACUGACAGCUUGUGCCACAUGGCAGUUUUUGUUCAGCAGUAGAAAGGACUGCUGUCUCUUUCAAAUUCCGGUGUCUGUAAGAAACUGUGGGGAAUUUUUUGUGUACUUACUACGACCCACUCAAGGAUGCAUGGGCUAUUGUGCAGAAGCUAUUCCUGAUGUAAAAUUACACCCAUGUGGCCCAGAUGAAAUUGAAAUGGGAGGGGACUGUGUCCGUCAACUGUCUGCCUCCUUGCCACCUCCACCUCCAGAAAGGCCAGAGGUUACAGUGGAGUUGAUUGAGUCCAGGCUUUUCUGUAGGUGUGCUUUUGAUGUGGCCCCUACAAACAACCCCGUGGGAUUUCUCAUAGCUUGGUCUAGGCUUUCUUCUCAAGAAAUCAAAGAGGAGCUGAAACAAGAGACCACAGUUCAGGCAUUCUCUCUUUUAGAACUUGAUGGCAUAAAUCUCAGACUUGGAGAUAGGAUAUUCUGUAGUGCUUCCGUCUUUUUUUUGGAGAAACCGCAUAUACAAAGUUUAGCCACCGAAAGCCGAGAAUUUUUUGCAGGCAUUAAGGUAAGUGGCAGAAAAUUUUCAACCUUUUUUUUUUUUUUAAUAAAAACAGGUAAAGAACACCUAGGCUUAAAUUUGGCACUGUCUUCCUGUCAUGUGGACCUUCAUCAGACAUCAUCCUGUGUGAAUGGAACCUGCAGCCACACUUUGGUGUACUACACCGCUGUAGCAGAUUUUUCUCGAGAUGGAGAUAGAGUUACAAACAUAGUAGUGCAACCUAUAGUCAAUGAGGAUUUUGUGUGGAACAGCUACAUUCCAGACAGCAUCCAGAUCAGAGUAAAGGAUGUCCCAACUGCUUACUGCUAUUCAUUUACUGACCCACAUAUAAUUACAUUUGAUGGCAGGGUGUAUGAUAAUUUCAAGACUGGAACGUUUGUGCUUUAUAAGAGUAUGUCACGUGAUUUUGAAGUCCAUGUACGUCAAUGGGACUGUGGAAGCCUUCAAUAUCCUGUGUCAUGUAACUGCGGGUUUGUUGCCCAAGAAGAAGGUGAUGUAGUUACUUUUGAUAUGUGCAGUGGUCAGCUUCAUGAAUCACAACCAUAUUUAUUUGUAAAGAGCCAAGAUGUAACCAGCAAUAUCAAGAUAAGUGAAUCUUACUUAGGAAGAAAAGUCACAAUUUGGUUUUCUUCUGGAGCAUUCGUUCGUGCUGAUCUUAGUGAAUGGGGCAUGAGUUUAACAAUCAGAGCCCCUAGUUCAGAUUAUAGAAACACUUUGGGACUUUGUGGUACCUUUGAUGGAAAUCCAGAAAAUGAUUUCCAUGACAAAAAUGGGAUCAAAAUUGAUCAAAAUUUUAAUAAUUGUGUUGCUUUUAUUAAUGAAUGGAGGAUUUUACCGGGAAAGAGCAUGUUUGACACAUUGCCAAUUUCUCUGACAUCGCCUGGGAAACUAUCCUAUUGUGGCUGCUCAUCAGACACUGCUUUAUGGUAUCCACCUUCGAAUCAUCUGGACAGUGUUUUUCAGUCAGAUAUUGCUUCAGGUUGCAAAGACCUCAAACAUGUCAGAUUCUCUUCUUUGAUACCAGAACUAGAUGUCACCUCUGAAUAUAUUAAUCCAGACACUCUCGUCAGAGGGACAAACAAACAUACAUCUGGCGAAGAAAAUAAUUUGAGUUUAUUUCCACAAGAACAGAAGCAUGUAAACCUAACCAAACUGGACUUAAAUUUACAAAAAAAUGCUGGGAAUAAAAAACAAGAUGCACCUAAAUACUUGCACACCGAGAAACAUAGGCAGGAUCAAGGAAGUCACAGCCGAGAAAUGAGGUGGAAUCAACAAAACAGAGGGAAACGGCAAAACUUUCAUGACUUUGUUUCUUUGUUUGCAUUCCAAAGUCUCAGCCAAACGGACUUAGAAGAGUUUACUUAUUUUUUCCCCGAGGACCAUGCUGAAGAUGUCCACCAAGAGUUUGUCCCUUCGUGGCCCACACCCUCUGGCCUCACUGAACCCAACACCUUGGCACUCUGUCAGCAGACUCUAGCCAACUCCAGCAUAGGAAGGCUCUGUCUCGCUUUUCUUGGCAAGAGACUAGACAGUGUUAUAGAUAUGUGUGUGAAGGAUGUUCUAUCAAAAGAUGAUCUUAGCUGGGCAGAAGCAGGUGUGGCCCUUUUAGAAAAUGAAUGUGAAAAAAGAAUUUUGGAAGAGGGGAAAUAUAACACAGAAGAAUACGGCAAGUCAAUUGAAGACAUUCUGUUAGUAUUAAAAUGCCCCAAUCUCUGCAGUGGCAACGGGCAGUGUAUGGAAUGGGGGUGUGCAUGUUUCCCAGGCUUUAGUUCCCAUGAUUGCAGUGACGUAUAUGACAAAGCUCCUGAAAUUACAGAGCUUGAGAAUGCUGGAUUCUGUGAUGUUCAAAAAUAUAACUGUAUGGUGGUGAGAGUGUUUGGUAAAGGCUUCAGAGAAUCACCUUCGAUUAAAUGUGAAGUCACUAAACUGAAGUAUAACAGCAGUAAAUGGGUGCUUGCAGAACCCGUCUAUGCACAGACUGUUUUUCAAAAUAGCAGAACUGUUGAUUGUCAGCUGCCCACUGAUGUUCAGCAGUUUGAUACUGUGGAUCUGAUGGGUGAGGAACCAAUUGAGAAGUGGCAAUUAAAGGUAUCUAAUGAUGGUUAUAAGUUCAGUAAUCCAAAAAUAAUGAUCAUAUAUGAUGGUGCUUGUCAAGUUUGUGGUCUCAAUGAAAAUGAUUCAUGUACGAUAAAGGAAGAUGUUUGCAUUAUCGAUGGACUCUGCUACAGUGAAGGGGAUAAAAAUUCAACCAGCCCUUGUUUGAUUUGUAGACCCAAAAUUUCAAAAUUUACUUGGUCAUUUUUAGAAAACAACCAACCCCCAGUGAUUCAAACAUCACAAGACAAAUUACAGACAUUUUAUGGGGAAAACUUUGAAUACCAGUUCAUGGCUUUUGAUCCAGAAGGUUCUGAUAUCCGUUUUAUGUUGGACUCUGGUCCUGAAGGAGCAAGUGUUUCCUCUGCAGGACUUUUUAUGUGGAAAACAGAGUCAGAAACUCCCCAGCAAUUCACUCUACACCUUAAUGAUGACUGUGGUGCAGAAACUAGAGUUACGAUUGAGGUGACUGUGAAGUCUUGUGAUUGCUUGAAUGGUGGAUCCUGUGUGUCUGAUAUGAAAUUUCCUUCAGGGAGUGGAAUGUACCUGUGUGUCUGCUUGCCUGGCUUCCAGGGCAGUCUUUGCGAAGUGGAUGUCAGUGGGUGCCAAUCAAACCCCUGUGGCCUUGGCAAAUGUAUUAGUGAUUUUCACAGUUAUUCCUGUGAUUGUCCACCUGAAUUCAAAGUUGAAACAGAGGUUUUAAAUGAAUUUAGUACACAAGAGGUGGUUCUCACAAGGUCUGACAAAAGUGUAAUUAAGGAGGAGGAUGAUAAAAAUGCCAAACAGAGAGAGAGGCAUGUUAAGUCAACAAACAGAAACGCCUUUAAACAUUGUAACCCACCUUGUCAACAUGGUGGCACAUGCUUGGCUGGCAAUCUCUGUACUUGUCCUUAUGGUUUUGUUGGACCAAGGUGUGAAACAAUGGUUUGUAACAGGCACUGUGAAAAUGGAGGUGCAUGUCUUACACCUGAUGUUUGCCAGUGCAAGCCUGGCUGGUAUGGACCCACCUGUGGUACAGAUAUAAAUCUUCAGCCACCAUCAACAGAGCAUUCACUGAUUGGUACAAGCUUUACCCACAGUCCCGCUACUACUAUUAAAGAGUUCUUGAACACAACCAACUUCUCCAGCUUGUCACUGAAAUCAGUUACAACUCAGAUGGAUAAUUCAAAGAAGACUAUUUCCCAUCAGAUUCCAGGUUUUGAACAUGUGGAUCAUACUCUCAGUACAAAUCUCAGUCUGGAUGAGAUGGAAUUUCCCAUGAAGAACAGUAGUUCUUUAAGCACUAACUCAAACGGCUCCCAUGGUGAAGUGAAGGAUCUUGUCCAGAGCACCAUCCAAACAGAGACAGGAGAAUAUAAUUAUGAAAGUAACAGGUCUUCCCAAGGUUACAUACAGUAUAAAGAUGAGUUUGCACCAUUGCUUACUAAAGCAGUCACUAUUUUGCCAGAAAAGUUUGCAUCAACCAAAAUAUCACCUUGUACUGAAUCAUCUUGUUUUUUUGGUGUUUCCUGCAUGCCAACCUCAGAUGGUCACUUCAAAUGCGGACGCUGCCCCUUUGGGUAUUAUGGCGAUGCUUUCUGUCACCCUCCCUGUAAGAAUGGUGGCCACUGCGUGAGAAAUAAUGUGUGCGUCUGUCGUGAAGGAUACACUGGCAGGAGAUGCCAAAGAAGCAUCUGUGAUCCUAUGUGCAUGAAUGGAGGAAAAUGUGUGGGACCAAACAUUUGCUCUUGUCCUUCCGCUUGGAAUGGGAAACGAUGCAACACACGUAAGAGGAAUAUUCUUAUUAACAAAAUGCUAAAGCUUACAUCCUUCAUGGGAACAUAA